CAACCAUGGCCACCCAAGAAUUCCUUUCUGAUUCACCCAUGAUCUCUUCCAAUGAAGAUAUUGCACAAGAUAGCAGUGACUGGCAUUCUGAUUUUCUUCCUGAAUCUGAUGCAACACCCUGCUAUCAAUUCUCUGCAACAAACCUCAGCCAUCAUGGACCAGGUAAAGAAGCAGUGUACCAGGCUGAAGUUCCUUAGGCUGGUCUCCCUAGGAGCAGCAGCUACAACAAUCCCGCAGUUCAAAGUUAAGCAGCAAAUUGCACAACUUCCAGCAGCUCUCUCAGCCGGCUGCUAAUGAGCUGAAAGCCAGGAACAUCUGAGGAGGUGAAGAGGAAGCCUCCCGCCGGCCGGCCUCCUCUCACCAGAGGGACCCAGGCACCCCUCCCCAGGCCCAGAUCACUUGGAGAUAAGGACUGUGUUACUUGCUUGCCUCCCUGGACAGACCAUGGCUCCCUUUGGAAGAAACUUGCUAAAGACGCGACAUAAGAACAGAUCUCCAACUAAAGACAUGGAUCCCGAAGAGAAGGAAAUCGUGGUUUGGGUUUGCCAGGAGGAAAAGAUUGUCUGUGGAUUAACCAAACACACCACCUCCACCGACGUCAUCCAGGCUUUGCUGGAGGAACAUGAGGCUACGUUUGGAGAGAAGCGAUUUCUGCUGGGCAAGGCCAGCGACUACUGCAUCGUGGAGAAGUGGAGGGGCUCGGAGCGGGCCCUUCCUCCGCUGACGAGGAUCCUGAAGCUGUGGAAGGCGUGGGGAGAUGAACAGGCCAAUAUGCAGUUUGUUUUGGUUAAAACAGACGCCUUUCUGCCAGUUCCACUGUGGAGAACGGCCGAAACCAAACAAGUGCAAAACAGUGAAAAACCCUGGGAGCUCAGUCCUGCGAAUUACAUGAAAACUUUGCCACCGGAUAAACAAAAACGAAUCGUCCGGAAAACCUUCCGGAAACUGGCUAAAAUUAAGCAGGACACGGUUUCUCAUGAUCGGGACAAUAUGGAGACUUUGGUUCAUCUAAUUAUUUCUCAGGACCACACUAUUCACCAGCAAGUCCAAAGGAUGAAAGAGUUAGAUAUGGAAAUUGAAAAAUGUGAAGCUAAGAUCCACUUGGACCGGGUAGGGAACGAUGGGGACGAUUAUGUUCACGCGGCGUAUUCAAUGCCCAGGCUCAGUGAAAAUGAGCAAAAGCUCGACUUCCAACCCGAGGACAGCCAGGCUCUGGUGGACCUGAAUGAGAGUGAGGGAAUGGCACAGUUGGAAGAACGAUUGCAAUACUAUAGAGUGCUCAUCGAAAAGCUCUCGGCUGAAAUUGAGAGAGAGGUGAAGAGCUCGGGCUUCGACGGCAGUGAGGAUCCAGAGGGGGCAGCUGCAGGUGAAGUAGAAAGCCCGGAUUUAGAAAACGUGAAGUGCGAUCUGGAGAAAAGUAUGAAAGCCGGUUUGAAAAUCCACUCUCACUUGAGUGGCAUCCAGAAAGAGAUUAAACACAGUGACUCAUUGCUUCAGAUGAAAGCGAGAGAGUACGAACUCCUGGCCAAGGAGUUCAGUUCGCUGCACAUUAGCAAUAAAGAUGGAUGCCAGUUAAAAGAAACCAGAGGGAAGGAAUCCGAGGCUCCCGGCAGCUGCGCGGAGAUCCCUCCAUUAACUCAAAGGGUGUUCAACACAUACACCAAUGACACAGAUUCAGACACUGGCAUCAGCUCCAACCACAGCCAGGACUCUGAAACAACGCUGGGCGAUGUGCUCCUAUUGUCAACUUAAGGCAGAGGCCUUCUUUCUGACCAUUAGUGACGUUUCGUGUGAUGUAACAAGUAACUCUGUUCCAUGUAUAACUCUGUGAAAACAUAAACUGUGCUAAAAUAUUCAGUAGUUAAUAAUAAUAAAAAAAACUCGUGAACAUCAUUGUUUGUUUUCAUAGAGCGUUUCCAAUUUGACUUUCUUACAGGUUCAAGCAAUGAACUGUGUAUCAGGAAUGCAGCAGAUCUAGCUGGUGGUUACAUAACGCAGAAACAAUGUAAUGGGGAUUGAUUAAUGAUUCCCCCACAUGAGACAUGAGUGACACGAACUUAAAAACAGUUCCCAACUUUGUUCAUCAAACUAUCCAUACUGCAAGCAUCAAGAAGUAGCAUGAACAUGUUUGUCAUUUUUGACAACAUUGUAUCAUGAGAAUGUUUAAAUCUGAUAGUACAGAUCCAUCCCUACAUUUUAUGUGUCCAAUAUGGAUCAAUUCAAAUCUUGUGUUUUCAGUAGUCAGACUGUAAAAUGCAGUGUGUGUGUGUGUGUGUGUGUGUGUGUGUGUGUGUGUGUGUGUGUGUGUGUGUCUUCUUCGCUGCUGUCUGCUUAAGUCUAAGGGACAGGAAGCUGUUGGGACAUGUAUAAUUCCUGACAGUCAAUCAGUUUGGGCACAGAUGAGACAAAGUCAAGUGCUACAAUCAGCUUUUUUUUUCCUUCUUCCCCAAGCAGGUCUAUGAUGAUCACCAGCUACACAUAAGCUUUUACUAUCUGUUCAUUAGAUUUUCUAUCCACCAGUGCUGUGUGCAGGUUCAUUAUUUGGGGAUGAAUAGGGUAGGCUACAGAAGAUCUCAGCCAUAAUUUUAUUUAUGCCCUCUUAACUGUGUACGUUGAAGUGGAAUUUACUGUUGUUUGUGUGGAUACAGCAGUGUUUUGUUUUCUGGGAACAUACAGAGUAGAACUGAAUGUUUAUUCUCAUAUACUACAAUCCAGCCAUCAGGGGACUUCCCGGGUGCUUAAAGCAGCUCAGUACUUUUAAGAUGUCCCAAGCACACUAAUGGAAAUUCAAGAAAAGAAUGGAUCAUCUGGAUUCUGUCUUCACUCACAUGUAAAAUAGUGUUUUCCUUGAUUUUAAAAUAGACUUUUCCUCUCUCUCCUGCCCAUCUGCUAGCUUAUUUUUCCUUCACAUCUCUCUUCUCUUUCUCCUUUCUCUGCAGUAAAGGCAGGAUGCCAUCAGAGCCAAAGUAAAUAAUUUUAUUGCUUUGUUGUGAACGGAAUGUUGGUGUUCCUUAAUUUUCUUUCAUUAGCACAUUUCACUCAUGUCAGGAUACAUAAAGCAGAAAUGUUUGCUCUAUUUAUAGUAUGUAGACAUUAGCCAUUAUUCCUGGAAUGUUUGCCUUUUAUACAAAUGGUGCAACUUUUAACCGUUCUCUCUUUUUAAAGUUUUAUAGAUUUUUUUCAGCUUUGUUGCAGAUUCAAUGUCUUUAAUUUGCUCCUAAAGUGUCCCAUUCCUUGUCCUUUACUUGCUUCACGUAUCUUUGGGAAGAUACUUGCAUUUCAAUAGUGUUUCACAGCUGAGAAGCACCUAUGUUACCAUUAAAAAAAGAUAUUUUCAGGCCAUACAAUAGGAAUUUCUAUUCCAUGAAAAUACUUGGAUAAAUAGUAAGUGCUCAUGUUGACAUAAAUUAUAUUUCUAAAGGAAGAUUAGAAUAGUCAUUUGUAAAAGGGAAGUUCAUGUGGCUAACAGGCCAUCAGAUCACUAAAGCACAUGCUAAACUGUUGAUGUAUUGAUUGUUACUAAUAAAGAUUCAAUUCAGAAGAUUAUCAUAAAUGAUAAGCCAUUUGGUACUUUGUUCUCCUAAAAUGAAAGUUAUCUCUUUGGGUUAUGUGUUUAGAAAGAAAAUACGUGUUGCACAUCUCUGUAUGCAAUUUGAUAGCAUUAUCUAAAAUCAAAUACAGGUAUGAUAAUAUUAAUCACAGUUUCACUAUAGGAACUUUGAAAUAACUACUGGUUUCACAGUUACUUACAAUGAUGGUGUAUAAGGUGCAAUUCUGCAUUUUACUGUUAAGAAUGUUUAAAACUUCUGUUAGAAUCCCAAUUUUUUAAACUCAUUGUAGAAUUUGCAUUUUCCUUAAUAUUUAAAAUAUAUUCGUUUCCUUGGUCAUUAUAUUAAGUCACAUAGCAAGUAUUUUCCAUGGCGAAACUCUAAUAGAGUUAAAUAUGAACAUAUUUAUACAGAUAGAAAUAAUGAUCUCAUGGAUAUUAUGCUAUUUAUUGUUUAAUUGAUGGUUAAGCUUAUAAAUACAGGACUUGAAAGUUUAAUGCUUUAAUUAUCUUGAGAAACUUAGUGAAUUACAAACCCUUAAGUAGCCUGGCAGAUUAACCAUGAAAUGGCCAUAUGCAGCUAGAAGAGGCAAGCCACAGUUGACAAUGCUUGUUUUUCCCAGGACUAGGUUCUCAGAGCAUGCCUUAUGCAUUUCCCGCCCCCACAUCUGGUGGCCUCUUUCAUUCUCCUCUUCCUAUACACCGAACUGCUACCGAGUUCCAUUUCUUUCAUUUUCUCCUCUUUUUUUCUUUGUGUUUGUUUUGUUUUUCAAGACAGGGUUUCUCUGUGUUGCCUUGGGUGUCCUGGAACUCCCAGUGUAGACUUCAGCCUCCCAAGUGCUGGGAUUAAAGACAUGCGCCACCACACCCAGCAACUACCUACAUUCAGCGUGCUUAAAAAAGUGUUCUCUUCUUUCAAAUAAUUGUGUCCCAUCUUGGCAGUUCUAAUUUAUUAUCUCUGAACUUACAAAUAUUUUGGAUGUACUUCUUUUGGGCUUCUCUUCUACAUUGGGCUGUAUAUAUUUAUGUAACCAUCUCACUCUACUCACCCAGUAGAGUUUUUAUCUUACUAUUUUAUUAUCUGCCUUUCCAACUUGAUUGGUUAUUACCAACUUCUUAGCCUCUUGUUCCAUUUGUGAAGUCAGUUGCUGAAUGGUAAAGGGCUUUAACAUGUUUUAUGAAUAUUUUACAUCUACUUACUUGUGCAAUUUGUAUAUAAGCAUGCAUGUAAGCAGGCUUAAAAAUAUUAGCAUGCAUACACCCUAUAAAUUUAGGGAGUUAAUACUAAAUCUUUACGUUGCUAUGAAUUUUAUCUAUGUGACAUCAUUUUUAAUUAACAUAAAAAUACAUUAUUAGGGGGCACUAUGUGAUAUUUCAGUACAUAUAUACAUUUGCAUAAAGUUUAAGUCAGGAAAAGCAUUCAUUUUUUUUAUUAACAGAGUUUCUAACUUAAAACAACUCAUAUGCCUUUUAACUUAAUGGCAAUGUUAUAACAUCUAAGCAUGUGCAUUUAAAAGAAAAAAUUGCAUAGUGUUGGGUUUGAAGUAGUAGACACUCAAGAUCUUUUAAAUGCCUAAUUAAAUCUCUGCAUCAUUUUUCUUCUUAAUAGCAAAGUUAUAAUGCUGUAUUAUUAUAUAAAGGCUUUUCUAACCCAUUAAAAUUUUAUUUUUGUAUUUAUUUAAACUUCUACUGUAUAUGACAAAAUAUAUUUCUGUGGCUACAUUUUAUAAAUUUUCAGAGUAGAGUUAUUGUUAUAUUUAAGACAUAUUUUUCUAGUGACAAAGGAACGCAGCUUAAUCCCGAGAUAGCUUUAAAAGUAACAUUAGACUGCUUCUUUUCAUACUUCCUUAUUGGUUUGAUAAACUUCAUGUGAUAAAUAUAAAGUUUCAUUUCUUUGAGUUAUAACUGAUCCAGAAAAAUAAAAGAUUAUUGUAUCCUG